AGACUCCGUUUUCUGUUUCACUCCAAACAACGUAACACCAUAUUUAUAUAUAUAUAUAUCCGCCGGUGACUUUCCGAUUUCUCGCCGUCGAAGGCACAAUUCAGUCUCAGUCGCAGAUCAUAGUGGGUCGGUGAUAAAAUGAGCCGACCAACCACCCGUAACAAAAACAAAAGACGCAAGCCGGUGGAUGAUGCAGAUGCUACUUCUGAAAUAUUUAGGAAAAUCCAUACAACAGGUAAAGUAACUGAUGAUGACAUCAAUCAGCUCUACAUGAUAUGCAAACCAGUUUGUCAAGGCUGUCGCGUCAACACUAAGGAUAACCCUAAUUGCUUUUGUGGUUUGAUUCCACCGCCCAAUGGAAGCAGGAAAAAUGGCUUGUGGCAGAAGAUGUCAGAGAUCAUCCAAGCUCUAGGGCCAGACCCAUCUAAGGAUCUCCGUGCUUCUGCAUCUUCCCCUGCAGGUCUCACAAAUCUUGGUGCGACAUGCUAUGCCAACAGCAUACUCCAGUGUUUGUACAUGAAUAAAUUGUUCCGAGAAGGUCUUUUUUGUGUUGAAGAAGGGGUUCUAAAACAACAUGCUGUUUUGGAUCAACUUGCACGGCUCUUUGCACAAUUGCAUGCCAGUAAAAUGGCAUUCAUUGAUCCAGCUCCGUUUAUAAAGACACUUGAGUUGGAUAAUGGAGUUCAACAGGAUAGCCAUGAGUUUCUAACCUUGCUGCUUUCUUUACUUGAGCGUUGCUUGAGCCAUUCUAAAGUUUCCAAGGCAAGAACAAUUGUUCAAGAUCUUUUCCGUGGUAGUGUGUCGCAUGUGACAACGUGCUCAAAAUGUGGCAAAGAUUCUGAAGCUUCUUUGAAGAUGGAGGACUUUUAUGAGCUUGAGUUGAAUGUCAAGGGCCUGAAAACUUUAGAUGAGAGUUUAAAUGAGUACCUUAGUAUUGAAGAACUUGAUGGUGAUAAUCAAUACUUCUGCGAGUCAUGCAGCAUGAGAGUUAAUGCCACUCGAAGCAUCAAGCUUCGUUCGCUGCCUGAUGUGCUUAAUUUGCAGCUUAAGCGCUAUGUUUUCCUUCCAAAGACUACUGCAAAGAAGAAAAUAUCUUCAGCUUUCGCUUUCCCUGGAGAGCUAAAUAUGCAUGGGAGACUAUCUGAAACAUCUCAAGUGGAUUUAGCAUAUGACUUGUCGGCUGUAUUGAUUCACAAAGGAAGUGCUGCAAACAGUGGCCACUACAUAGCUCAUAUUAAGGAUGAGAAUACAGGGCAGUGGUGGGAAUUUGAUGACGAGCAUGUCUCGAACUUGGGUUAUCAUCCUUUUGGGGAAGGCCUUUCAACUUCCACUAAGGCUACUCGAACUGAGUCAGUUUAUACACCUUGUGGAGAAGGAAUGGAUGCCUCUGCCAAUGGAAAUCAUUUUGAGACCAUUCAACUACAACAUGCAGGACCUAGUAUGAAUCAUGUAGACAUAUUUUCAUCCACUGAUGCAUACAUGUUAAUGUAUACCCGCAGGCAUGGUAACAAGGAUGUUAAAAGAGUAUCUGGGUCAGAUGGUCCUACCAAUAUGAAAAUAGAAGGAGAUGCAUUUUUCUUGCAAGAUGGUAUUUCUCUUCCAUCUCAUCUUUCUGAAGAGAUAAAGAACUUGAAUGCAUCUUAUGUUGUUGCUUGUGAAGAAUUCAAAUUAAAGAAGGAUAGAGAAUUAGAUCAUAUAACAACAAGAAGACAGGAAGUGAGGUCAGUUCUUUCUGAAGCCCCUGUUCAAUCAGUUGAAGAACCAUUUUAUUGGAUAUCUACGGACUGGCUUCGCUUAUGGGCGGAUAACGUUAAUCCACCAGUUUUAGACAAUACACCCAUCCAGUGCUCGCAUGGGAAAGUUCCAGUUUCCAAGGUGGGCUGUAUGAAACGCUUGUCAACCGUAUCCUGGAUCAAGUUGUUCAGUAAGUAUGAUGGGGGACCAAGACUGGCCAAAGAUGACCACUGCAUUGACUGCCUUAUGGAUAUGGCACACACAGUGGUAUGUGCUGAUAGCUAUAGGGAUCGAAGGACAUUGAUGAGAGAGAUUGCAGAAAAUGUGCUUGCUGGGAAAUGUCUAGAUGGAAAUUACUAUGUAUCCAAGCCAUGGUUGCAACAGUGGUUGAAAAGAAAAAACCUCGAUAAGCCUAGCGAAGCUGAUUCAGGACCAACAAGCUCAAUUAGGUGUCAACAUGGGCACCUGAGGCCUGAGCAAGCUCCCGGUGCUAAGCGAUUGCUCAUUCCAGAGAACCUCUGGCUCUUCUUAUAUGGAGAUUCAAUCACUGUAAAACCAGAUGAUCCUUUGGGUUGCCCAACUUUCCCAUCUGACUGUGAAGAUUGCCCUGAAUGCAGUAAUGAACUCUCUGAAGUUGCAUGCUCUGAGGAUUCUAAAAGAGCAGUAAAGCUUAAACAGCGUCAAAAUCAUGAGAAGUUGGCUAUUGGCAAGAGUAUUCCACUAUCUUUGAAUUGCAAGUAUUACUUGGUACCAUCUUCUUGGCUUUCAAAAUGGAGGAACUACAUCACUGCUAGUGGCAAAAAUACUACAUCUGUUGAACCUGAAAUUCUGGAUGGUAUCAUUAACUCACUGAAAUGUGAGAAGCAUCUACGUCUUGUAGAGAGGCUGCCAAAGGUGUUCUACAAACGUGGUUCAUAUUUCCAGAAGGGUUUUAUUACAGAUAGGUUGACAAUUAUCACUGAGAAUGACUGGAAAUGCUUUUGUGAAGAAUGGGGUGGUUUGGAGGAGAAAGGCAUAUCUGCUGUGAUUGAAGAAAACAAUCUGGCUGGAUCCUGUGAGGAGAUAUCAACAUCUGUUGACCAGCUUGCUCCUAAUAAUGAAGCAAAUAAUGAGAAUGAUUUAAGACAGCCUGUGAUAAGGACAUUCCCAGAGAUAUGUGAGGAAUGCAUUGGAGAAAGAGAAAGCUGCGAGUUAAUGCAGAAACUUAACUACUCUGAUGGGGAUAUUUGUGUAUAUCUUGUACGUGGAAAAGAAGCUCCAAAAUCAAUUUUAGAAGCAUCUGAGACUUCUGAGCCAGAUCGACGAAUCUCCAAGCGUUCUCGAAGGACAAAUAAUGGGAAUUUAGUAAAUUUUAAAGUUUCUGCCUCCACAUCAGUAUACCAAUUAAAAAUGAUGAUAUGGGAGUCCCUUGGGGUUGUUAAAGAAAACCAGAUACUUCACAAAGGUUCCCGAAUAAUUGAUAAGGAAUGUGCCACUCUUGCAGACAUGAACAUAUUCCCUGGAGAUAAACUUUGGGUGAAAGAUUCAGAAAUCCAUGAAGAUCGGGAUAUUGCUGAUGAGCUUUCAGAGCAGAAAAUGAAUGUUCAAAGCAUUGAAGAAGGAUUUCGGGGAACACUACUGACAGCAAAUAUAUCAUCGCAAGUUGUCUAGAGGGAAGCAUGGUUCUGUUGAUGUCUUCAAUAACAAAAAUUUUUGUAGAUAUUAAUCCUGUCUGGUGAAUUCUACAAGUACCUGUGGAGAACCUCCACACAAUGUCCUAAAGGCUGGUUAUGGAUUGGCAACGUCUUGUACUUACAGCUGGGGAUGAAUUGCUUCAUUUUGGGUACUCGCUUAAAGAAGCAAAUGAAAUCUCUGUUGCUGUGUCAUAGAGUGCUAAGUUUUGGGGUGUCCUUGGCGUUUUCAGUUGGUGUUUAUCUUAAAGUACUCGUUAGUAAAGUUAUGAAAAAGCCCGGGUUUUCUGUUUUUAAUGCUAAUGCGGUUGUGUAAUGUAUAUGUAGCAGUAGGUGUCUGUUGAUAAAUAUUCCUCCUCCCCUGCUGUUUUUUACAUUCCAAUCUGCAUGUGUGGCAAUGUACCAUGAACAAAUAUAAAAAAUUAUGCAGUACCCUAGAAUUCAGAUGAAAUU